CUAGCAUAUAUUGCAUUUGCAUCCAAAGCUUUCUAACGGUCAUGCAUGCUAUUGCUACAUACACAUGACUUUUCUUGGCCCAUUAGACAUUCCAACAGCUUGCCUGUGAAAUUACCUUUCAUUUCAUCAAAAGCAUUGGGUUCUACAUGAGUAAAAAGUAAAUUGACACUUGAACAGAAAAUAGAUUACCGGGAUGAGGUAGUAGUGAAUCACAUAUACAGGUUCCAUCUUGCUUUCAACGUAUUUAUAUAAAUGAAUAUAUGUGUGCUUUGGCGACUUACAGAAGACAGAGAUGCAGGACGCGGAAAAGGGCAAAGAAACUGAAGUAGCUAGUUCAAACCUAGGUGAUCAUCAGCCUUCAUGUCAAACUGCAACUUCAGAGAUCCACAAUACACCAAAUUUGCCAGCAGAGUGCCUACAUAGCCUUCAAAUACAAGUAGCAGAAGAGAUGGGGAGGGCUGAUGAUCAAAUGCCAGUAGAGCAGGACAUGGAAAUGGUGCCAAGAUUGGCUGUAGAGGAUAUGAAAAAUGGGGUAAAAGUUGCAUGCCUUGUUAUCUCAGUAUCUACAACUGGGAUUGUCGGCUUCCUAUCAGGAGUUCCAAGAGGCCAUUCUUCCAUGACAAGCAAGCUCAUCUUCAAAUCGGGAAUUCUCUCAAUGUUUGCCUCUUUGUUCCUUGCCUUAGUCCUGUUGGUGCUGUUCACAAACAAUACUAAAAUUUCUUGCUUAAACCAGGGUCUCAGAAUAAUCACUUGGUUAUCCACAGGACUCAUGACAUUGGCACUUGUUUUAUUUAUGGCCUUUUACUUACUAACAUGAUGUGCUAUUUGUCUCUGAAAUCACCAGUCCAUUAGACGUGCCAGCUAAGGAAAUAAUGUAACAUUUUAUCUUUCAACCACCAUAUCUAUAUGAGUUCCCUACCCCCCCCCCCCGGUGGCUACUUCUUCCCAUCUACCAUGAGAAAGCUGGUUUUCUUAUUGUGCAACAUGACUUUAUUGCAAGUUGUUGAAUGAGGAAUAGAAACUUUAUUGCCAGUUCUUGAAUAAGGGAUAGACCUUUUU